AUGGACAGAACCUUGGAGUCUCUGCAAUAUUUAAUUGCCCAAGUACUGCCUCAUAGAGACCCUGCCCUUGUAUUUAAAGACUUGAAUGUCGUAGCAAUGCUGCAGGAAUUCUGGGAGAACAAACAGAAACAGAGAGCUGUAUUUCCAAGUGAAGGCACAGUGGUGUAUGAGUCACUGAACUCUCCUGGUCCUCCAUUUGUCAUUUAUGUCACCCUACCUGGAGGAAGCUGUUUUGGCAACUUUCAGUGCUGCUUAAGCAGAGCAGAGGCAAGACGAGAUGCUGCAAAAGUGGCUCUGAUCAACUCUCUGUUCAAUGAAUUGCCCUGUCGCAAGAUCACAAAGGAAUUCAUUAUGGAAAGUAUUCAAGAAGCUGUUUCCUCAACCAGUGGUACUUUAAGUGAUGCUGAUGACCCAAGCACAAGCAUCGGGGCUUAUCAUUAUAUGUUGGAGUCAAACAUGGGGAAAACUAUGUUAGAAUUUCAGGAGCUGAUGAUAGUCUUUCAGCUGCUGCAUUGGAAUGGAAGCCUUAAAGCCCUACGUGAAACAAAGUGCUCCCGUCAGGAAGUAAUUUCCUAUUAUUCCCAGUAUUCCUUAGAUGAAAGGAUGAGAAGUCAUAUGGCCCUGGACUGGAUUAUGAAGGAGCAAGAAUCUCCAGGAAUUAUUUCUCAAGAGUUACAAGUGGCACUGCGAGAGCUGGAGGAAGCCAGGAAAGCUGGACAAGAAUUGCGGUUUUACAAAGAAAAGAAGGAAAUACUGAGUUUAGCACUAAGCCAGAUCUACAGCGACCAAGUUACCUCAUCCUCAAAUGAUGAUCAAAUGGGCCUGACCCUAAGUGGCUAUCACUAG